AUGAACAUUCCAGUGGUUGGAAAAUGCACGCUGGACAUUCAACAUAACAAUCAAACUCAUGCAAUACCGUUUGUUGUUGCAAACACUACUUCACCGCCACUAAUUGGGUUACAAACCAGCAUCGACCUCAAUCUUAUAAAGCGAGUUUGGACAGUAAUUGCUAAAACACCAAACUUCAUACAAGAGUACAAAGAUGUUUUUGGAGAACUUGGAUGCCUAAAGGGUGAACAUCACAUUAGCAUUGACCCCAAUGUAACGCCAGUAGUUCAUCCGCCUCGAAAGAUUCCAAUAUCACUUAUGGAACGUCUCAAAGCUGAGUUAAACGACUUGAAAAAGACGUCGUCUGGCAUUUCGAAACGAAACACCGUCAAGCCAUAG